ACACCUGACGUUACAUUUCUUGGGCGGUCAUGUUAGAGGAGCCUAUAGUUACCGCGUAGAGUCGACGCAGAGACAUAGGUUUAAAAUGCCCUUUGUGUACGUGUAGACUUUGCGUGGAUUCUACGCAGAAACAACAAACACGAAGCAAGCCCAAAAGAGGCGACCACAUAAAAUACACGCCCCCAAACCCGCAACUUCACCGAAAAACAAACCCAAGUCGCUUAUAAUAAGCGGCAACACUCUGGCAACACUGUUACAAACCCACCUACCAGGAAGUAGCUACUGUAGGCUACAAGUACACAGAAGGACUCAUUAAAGUAACAUUUUGGCAUUAAUAACGAUUCUAAACUUAAAACAAUCAUUGUUUUAUGUUGCACUCAAUCUUAUGGCCAUGUAUCAAUGUUGCUUAUCUCAAACACAAUGCAGCCUGUAUUUGUCUUUAUUUUGUCUCUCUGACUACAGGCAAUUGAAAACUGGAUGGGAUUGUCUGUGCUCUGCUUGCAACAUGGACCUCGGACUUCCAUUUAGUUCUGGCUGUGCUGAAACACACCAGUUUGGCCUGAGAGUGAUGGUGAAAGAAGAAGAUAUAAAAGAGGAGGAAUAUGAUCACAUGAUUACAUGUCCAGAUGAAAAAGAAAAGCCCUGCGCAGAGUUUCACUGUAAAUCUGAAACAGACGUCACAGAGUCACCAAGAUUUACUUACAGUGAAAUACUGCAGACAACAGUGAAGACUGAAGAAGACGAAGAAGAUGACGAAGAAGAAGAGGAGGAAGAGGAGGUGGAACAGCAUGAACAUCUGCUGGAAAGUGAAACAGAACACCCAGGCUGUAUGCAACAGAAGAUCCAUGGACAGAAUGAUGAUCUCAACCUGCAACCCAAAGGAGGACUGCACCAAAAUACAGUCUGCAAUAGGAGUUUCACUUCCCUUUCUCAACUUGAGAACCAUCAGCAAACACACUCUCCUGGUGUUUAUAAAUGGGAGAGAAUUGGCAAAAGGCGACAUAAAUGUCUCUAUUGUGGAAAGGAGUUGUCUGGAGGUAUUACACAACUGAAAAGCCAUAUGUUCAUACACACUGGAGAGAAGCCUCAUAAAUGUGCCCAGUGCGGAAAAGCUUUUGCACGAGUUCCACAUCUGAAAGCCCAUAUGUUAAUACAUACUGGAGAGAAGCCUUGGACAUGUGCCCAGUGUGGAAAAGCUUUUAGACGCCCCUCAGCUCUUAAAAACCACAUGCUCACAGACUGUGGAAAGAAGCCUCAUGAAUGUGCCCAGUGUGGAAACACUUAUACAGAAGUUACUUAUCUGAAAGCCCAUUUGUUGAUGCACACUGAAGAUAACCCUCAUAAAUGUACCCAGUGUGGAAAAACUUUUGCACGCCCCUCAGAACUUAAACACCACAUGAUGACACACACCGGAGAGAAGCCUCAUAUAUGUGCCCUGUGUGGAAAAGCUUUUCUAAGAGCGGCAGGCCUAAAACGCCACUCACGUUCGAAACAUCGUUCAGAAUUUACUUAAAUCUUCAAAAGCAAAUGAUGCAGGGUUUUGCCGUAUAACAGCUUCAAAGCCUUUUGGGGGUAAACCUACUUGCAAUAGGUAUACACUAAUCCAGUGAAACACAGAAGUAACGCAGCGCCGCCAUUACUGUGUGGCUGGCUGCUAAGAAAGUAGCCCGUGGGUUCCAUAGGCCAAGUAGUUUUUUUUUUUUAUUUGUCCCAGCUUGGGCAAUUGUUUUGCAGCAGUAGCACACGCACAUACACUUCCAUAUACACAUACACUAACACACUUCCACAGGACAUUUGUAAAAAUAAAUAAUUCAAAUAAAAACACAAAAAAGAUAAAAUGUUAUGGGGU